GAAUCAAAAAAGUCAAAUAAUCAACAUAACCUAACUUUUUAAUAUUUUAAUUUUAUUUUAGAUAAAAAUGUCUCAAAGAAGAAGUAAAAAAUCGUUAAAUAAAUCACAAAGUGAUUCAGAUGAGAGCGAUCCCACUGAAUUUAUCGAAGAAUCGGUAAAAAGAUGCGUUCGUUAUUUCUUGGUGGCUUCCGAGGGGAAUUAUCCUAUAAAAAAGAAUGAUAUUAAGAAAAAUGUUCCUAUAAAAACCUCGGGGGCUUUUCAACUAGUUAUGAAAGAAACAACAAAAGCUUUAAAAGAUAUUUUUGGUUAUAAAGUGGUUGAAUUAGAGGAUGGGUUUUAUGUUUUAUUAAAAAAUUUUAAUGAUGAUAAAAAUCCAAAGAAGAUUUUAACAUUAUUAGUUUUAUCCCACGUUUUUAUGAGUGGUGAUUCAACAUCUGAAGCUUCGAUGAAAUCGUUUUUGAAUUCAUUAAACAUCGAUUUGGAGAAAAACCACGAUUUUUUCGGUAAUGUUAAAGAAUUUGUUUUCGUUACUUUGGAGAAGCAAAAAUAUUUAAGUGUUGUGGUUGAUGAUUUAACAAAAAUAAGAACGUUUAAGUGGGGAGCUCGAGCGGAAGCUACAAUUUGCAAAGAAACGAUUUUAAAAUUUGUUUGCGAGAUUUAUAAUACUAGGAGGAAUAUCCAACCUGAACAGUUUAAGGAACAAUUCGAAAAAGCACAACAACAAAAUUUUAAUCAAUAAUCAAUUUUUGACAUCUGUCAUUAUUGGUGUUAACGAAUUUAAAAGCAGAAAUCUGUAAUUUAAACUCCAGUGCCCUUGCAUUUUUCAUGAUGAGAGAUAAUAAUAAUCCCUUAAGUAGUUU